AUGGCUGCUUCAGACAAUUAUAACGUCCCGACGGGUGACGAGGCGAAGCGCGACGAUGAUGUCGCUCGCAACGACCAUAUUGAGCGAGCAGAGACAACAGCAACGAAUGAUGACGCUGUGUUUUCCAAGUUUCCAAAGAUGGACAAGGUCGAUGAGUUUGGUGCACAUGCGAAGACUGAUCCGCGAGAAAUCGCGCUGGUGAAGAAACUGGAUAGAUACAUCCUUCCCAUGCUAUGGCUCAUGUACCUCUUCAAUUAUCUCGACAGACACGCUCUCGUCAAUGCUCGCCUCAAUAACCUCGAGAAAGAUCUGGGUCUAGUUGGAACUCAGUAUAACACCUGCGUCUCCAUUCUCUUUGUCGGAUACAUCGCUGGGCAAGUCCCAAGCAAUAUGCUGAUCAACAGAGUCAGGCCAUCCUGGUACAUGGGCGGCUUCUGUCUUGCAUGGUCAAUCGUCAGUCUUUUGACGUUCUUAGCAAAGGACUAUUCCAGCAUGGUGGUACUGCGAUUCAUCCUUGGUGUGACUGAGGCUCCAUUCUAUCCCGGAGCCCUGUUCAUUCUCGCCAUGUUCUACACGCGAAAGGAAUUGGCUGUUCGACUAGCCAUUUUCUAUACGGGUAACAUGGUGGCUAGUUCAUUCGCAGGUCUUAUUGCAGCCGGUGUCUUUGCUGGUCUUGAUGGAACUCAUGGUUUGGCUGGUUGGCAAUGGCUCUUCAUCAUUCAAGGCGCUUUGUCAAUCGGGACCGCUAUCUUGGCAUUUAUCUUCCUACCCGAUCACCCUUUGACCACUCGUUGGCUAUCCGACGAGCAGCGACAGCUGGCGCACAACCGCAUCUACACCGACACCACCGACGUACGAGAAAAGACGAGUGUUUGGGUCGGUCUUCGCGAAUCAGCCACUGACUGGCGAACAUGGGCACUGUGUCUCAUGUACAACCUCCAUCUCUCAUCCGUGGGCUUCCAAAACUUCCUCCCAUCGGUCAUGGUAACCUUGGGCUACAGUCGCACAAUCACUCUCGUCUUAACAUGUCCACCUUACCUCCUCGCCGCCAUCGUAAGUAUCGUCAUGGCCUGGACCUCGGGCCGGUGGAACGAGCGCACCCUUCACAUCACUAUCUGCAAGUCCAUCGUCAUGGUGGGCUUUAUCAUCGCCGUCUCCACACUCAACCUUGCCGCUCGGAUGUUCAGCAUUUACCUCUUUGUGGGUUUCAGCUUUGGCAUCAAUAAUAUCAUUCUUGCGUGGAUCAGUGCUACUGUUGGACAGACUAGCGAGAAGAAGGCGGUGUCACUGGCGAUCUGCAAUACAUUUGGAAACUUGGCACAUGUGUACACGGCUUAUUUGUGGCCCUCUUCUGAUGAGCCAAGAUAUACGAAGGCUUGGGUUGCGAGCAUUGCUUUUUCGCUGGGGGUUGUGGUUAUUGCAUGGGGGUUGAGGGUUAACUUGAAGAGGCAGAAUGAGAAGACGAGAAGGGAACAUCCUGAGGUGACAAACUUCUAUGUUUACUAG